AUGGUUCUGAAAGCCAAAGUAAUUUCAAGUUCUUUGGACCAGGUUAAGGUUGUUCUAGCAUCUGGGCCCUGGUCGCUCAGUACCUUCCACCACACCCAGCAACUCGCUCUGCAUCUUGAAUCUCUCAGAGGCUCGGAGCAUCUCGGCGGCGCGUCUUCGUGGUGCCACCCCAGCCGAGGCCUGCAGCGCGCAGUGAGUCAGUGCAGACCCACCCCGCGUCCCUGCAGCUCCGUUGGGGCCACCGUCUCGGGAUGCCCCGUGCAGUGCUGGGUGGCCGCCCUGGGCCGUUGGUACUGUAGGCUGCUCCUGCUGCUGCUGUUCCUGGUGCCAGACUCCGGCACCACCUGCGAGAGCACCUUCGAGCUGCCUGACAAUGCCAAGCAGUGUUUCCACGAGGACAUCACGCAGGGCACCAAGUGCACCCUCCAGUUCCAGGUAGUUACUGGUGGUCACUGUGGUCGACUAGAAGAUCCUGAUGGUAAUGUGUUGUACAAGGAGAUGAAGAAACAGUAUGAUAAUUAUACCUUCACAGCCUCCAAAAACGGGACAUACAAAUUUUGCUUCAGCAAAGAAUUUUUUACUUUCACACAUAAAAAUGUAUAUUUUGAUUUUCAAGUUGGAGAAGAUCCACCUUUGUUCCCUGGUGAGAACCGAGUCAGGACUCUUACCCAGAAACAAUCUGUCUGUGUUUCAAUUCACGAAGCUCUGAAAUCUGUCAUUGACUAUCAGACUCACGUCUGAUUGAGAGAAGCUCAAGGCCGAAGCAGCGCUGAGGAUCUAAAUACAAGAGUGGCCUACUGGUUAGUAAGAGAAGCCCUCAUCCUUCUGGUGGUUAGCAUAGGGCAGGUAUUUCUUUUGAAAAGCUUUUUCUCAGAUAAAAGAACCAGGACAACUUGUGUUGAAUCUUAA